AUGGCCUCCGACAUCGAGAUGGAUGGCCCCAGGCCGUCGAGGACGCCUGACUUCCCCUUCCCGCCGCCGUCUGUGUCGGCCUCUGCUGCCACCAGCCGUCGCUCGUCUCUCGCCGUCGUCAACGAGGUAAAGGGCAUUGCCGUCACCAACGGCCACGACCGCGGUGGCACCUCGUCGCAGGGGCCCAUCUCCAUCCCCGUGCUCGUCCACUCGCCGUCGCCAGCGCCGUCCACGGAUGCUGCGCCACCGGCGUCUUCCGUAGUCCCGCCAACGACCGCCCCCGCCAAACCACUGUCCUCGUCGAACAAGGCACCGUCCACAGCCAAACCCAAGUCCACCAAACCAGCGAAGGCACGGUCACCAUCGCCGUCGCCACCACCACCCCCCAUCAUCCCGCUCAGCACAAUAAGGUUGGAGAUUCGGCUCGGCGGACCGUCAAAUUACGAGGUGGACAUUUCGCAACAGGCAAAGGACACUGGCCAGCGACCGCCUACACCGCCGCCAGCUCCCAAGAAGGUCGCCGACUCGAGUGAGUCGGAAGAGGAAGAAGACGAUAAAGCAAAGGAUGACAAAUCGAAGCCCAAGAAGAAAAAGAGAAAGAAUCACGCCUCGGAAUACUAUGACACUUCGGACCCCUUCAUCGACGAUUCGGAGCUCGCGCUCGACGAACGACAAUUUUUUGCACAGACGAAGCAGCAAGGUUUCUAUGUGUCAAGUGGUGAAGUUGCCCUCCUUAAGGACAAAACACCAAAGAAGCCGAAAUCUAAGAAAGUUAUUUAUGGCCUUCAUCCAUCUCUCGGGGGCACCGGUAGCGGCACGGAGAAGAAAGGCCAUCCUACAGAAGGCACGCGGGACGCUCCCAUCCCCGUGGAUGAUGAUAACAAGAAGCACAACCUCUCGCUCACGAUCGCGGCCGGGGCCGACCCAGAGCACGCCGGACAGAAACGGAAGCGACAGAACACCAUCGUCGGUGAAAACGGGAAGCGAAAGAAGGUUGUGGAUGAGUCGAUGUUCCAUCCUGAUCUGCAGGCCGCUAUCCAGGAGCUGAAGAAGCUUAUCGCGCAAGAAUCAUGGGUGGUCAAGGGCAAGUUCCCUGCGGGCCUCAAGCCACCUCUUGCCAAGCUCGCUAUCCUCGCUAUUCGACUGGACGAGUAUGAUGAUGAUUUCUUCUCAUUGAUGCCGACGUUGUUCCCAUACAACAAGUUCACAAUGACGAAGCUCAUCAAGCGAACUGUAUACCCCGACCACCUCGCCCUCCUGCACGAGCGAGAAAACACGCUCAUGGCACAGCUGACCGAGCUCGCGCAGAAAGGGUUCGCCAAAGCCGAAGAGGAAUGGGAGAAAGCCGGCGGUACGGGUGAAGGGGCGCCUACGCGCCAUGGCACCGAAGAGAUGGACGUCGAUGGCCCGCCACCUACCCAAGCGGAUGGCGAGCCCAAGGACGGGAAGGACAGCCAUCCUCCCGCAAAGCGGUACCGCCUGACCGACCAGAUGAAGGCGAUCAUUUGGGAGCUCGUCUUGCUCAGCAACGAGUGCUGUCGGUUGGAGAACGAGAAGAACACGUUGGAGGGCUCGGUGAUGCAAAUUAGCGAUCAAGGCGCCAGGAAGAACCUGUACCAGCGAAUCGUUGCCGCUUACCCUGAGGGAUGGAUGUCCUCUGGCCAAAUCUCGCGAGACAUGAGCGCGAUUAAGAAGCGACUCGAACGAGAGGCCAUGGAGCAGGAUAACGACGAUUAA